AGAAGAUCCGACGACGACGAUGAUAUCACCGGGUACUGGACGAAAAUCCGACGCCGACGUUGGAGGUACGAGGCAUCCUGUGUACAGAGGCGUGAGGAAGAGGAGAUGGGGGAAAUGGGUUUCUGAAAUCAGGGAGCCCAAGAAGAAGUCCAGAAUAUGGCUGGGAUCUUUCUCAACGCCUGAGAUGGCUGCAAGGGCUUACGACGUCGCCGCUUAUUGCCUCAAGGGACGGAAAGCUCUGCUUAAUUUCCCUGAAGAGACUGAGUUUCUUCCUCGGCCUUCCACGUCUGCCGCCAGAGACAUCCAGAAGGCGGCGGCGGCGGCGGCAGCAGCAGCGGCAAAAUCGGUAAUGUCGGAGAAGCAAGAGAAUAAGAAACCCAACAGGAGCGAUGACGGUGACGAUGACUUCUGGGGUCAGAUUGAGUUGCCGGAGUUGAAGAGCGGAGGCAGCGCCUUUUGGUUGUCGGAGUUUUGUUAA